AUGGAAUGUUUGUCACUCAAUCUGGUUUGCGACAGCAGAUAAGCAGCACCCUGACGUCAACGACGGGACUAAAAGCCCACAACUACGUAACAGGUGCAUCACUCACACAUCGCGAUUUGGAUUGAGCUACACGACUUGGCCAGGAAAGAAUCACCAAUUUUUAGAGCCCAUCACCUUACGAUGUUGUUAGACAAUUUUCUUGCCUCUCGAGCCUCAGUCGACUAGUCUGCAAGACGUAACCGAAGGUAUAACAUAACCGGAUUUCGUAACUUCGCCACUGCUUCCUCCAGCCAUCAUGGGGAACGAAAUCGAGGUGACGAAGGUGGGCAUGCUCGGCGUGGGCAGCAUGGGCGCCAUGAUGUCUCUCCUCAUGGCCGAGCACGGCUACGAGGUUCACUUUCACGACCCAGUUCAAAAGAACAUGGACCAGCUCUCCUCCCAAGCCAAAUCAAUCUCCCUCUCUUCUAAAAUCCUCCCCACAAAGGACUACGAAGACAUGUGCAAAUCCAUCCAAGUCCAAGGCCAGCCAAAGGUCUUCAUGUUCAGCACACCGCACGGCAAGCCCGCCGACCAAUGCGUUGACGGCCUGCUCCCCUUCCUCAACAAAGGCGACAUCAUCGUCGACUGCGGCAAUGAGCACUGGCACAACACGGAGCGACGCCAACGGGCCCUCGAUCCGAAGGGUAUUCACUAUGUCGGAUGCGGCGUAUCGGGGGGUUAUCAAUCCGCGCGCCAUGGGCCGUCGAUGUCCCCCGGCGGCAGCCCCGAGGCGUUGGAGAAAGUGAUGCCGUUCUUACGGACCCUCGCAGCCAAGGAUCAGAAAGGCAGUCCGUGCACUACCCCGGUGGGCCCGGCGGGCAGCGGUCAUUUCGUGAAGAUGGUGCACAAUGGCAUUGAGCAGGGGAUGAUGAGCGUUGUUGCGGAAGCGUGGCUUAUUCUGACUCGGGGGCUGGGACUUGGUUACAGAGAAGUCGCGGAAGAAUUCAAGAAGUGGAACGAGGAGGGCCCGCUGAGGAAUUGUUUCCUGAUUUCGAUAGCGGUUGAUAUCGAGAAAGCCAGGGGAAAGGACGGGUCACAUGUCCUGGGACACGUGCGCGAUAAGGUGGUGCAGGAUGUUGACGAGGAGGAGGGCACGGGGAUUUGGACUUCAGAGGAGGCGGUGCAUUUACACGUCCCUGCUGCUACGAUCCUCAGCGCGCAUCUGUUCCGUUGCGCAUCGGCGGAUUUGGGGAGAAGGAUGAAGAAUAAGAAGUCUGCCGAGGGCGGCGUGGAGGCGAAGUCCUUCGAUGGGAUUGAAUCCAGGGACGAGUUUGCCGAGUGGCUACACCGGACUACUUACUUCUGUUUCCUAACGUGCUUCGCGCAGGGGCUCGACCUCAUUCGGCAAAAGGACAAAAAUGAGGGGUGGAACCUGAACUACGUGAAAAUACUACAGCUGUGGAGAGGUGGGUGCAUCAUCCAAGCGGACGGCAUAGCCGACUUGCUCGAGGGGAUGUACAAGCGCGAGGGCCACGAUCCGGAUAAUCUCCUUUCCAAUGACGAGGUGGGGAGCGAGUUGCACAAACACUUCCCGGCCAUCAAACAGGUGGUGCUGAAGUCCGUCGAGGCCGAUCAUUUCGUUCCUGCUAUCGGGCAGAGCUUGGAGUACUUCAAAUACGAGACGUCGAGUAAGCUGCCGACGCAGUUCACGGAAGCCCAGCUGGAUUAUUUCGGUCAGCAUAUGUAUGAUGACUCGGAUGACCCGGUUGGUGGACCCAAGAAGGGGAAGCAUCACUUUGAGUGGAAGCAGGCCGAGGGACUCACGGGUAAAUAGGCCUGUUUCAAGUACGCAGAGUGCGUUCGGAGAUCUAUGUGAGUUGGGGGAUUAUAGACAGUGGCGUUCUGGAAAAGCUACGAGGGAAACCUACGAGUUAUAAGCCUAGUGAGCAACAACAAGCGGCAUGCGUUUCACAAUAACUUUCCGAUAUCUUG